AUGAAUAUGUUGGAUGAUGAAGAUGACCAAAGCUUUCACGCUACGCGUGACGGCUACUCCCAUUUGAGCGAUGUCGAAUGGGAUGCGGUUGAACGAAUGGGUUCAACCAUGGACAUCCAUGCUGUUAGCGUCAUGCUAGAGGCUCUCAAUAGAGAUGCCCAACAUGCUACUAUCGCCAAGUUCAUUCAAAAUGAACUUGACGCAGAACGUGAGAAAGUAGCCUUGCUUCACCAACAAGGUUCUCAACAAGCAGAGUUGUUGAGAGAACAGGGUGCUCAACAGUUUGAACUGUUGAGACAGCAGCAGGCUGCUGCGGGCGGGUCGAUGCACUCGCGUCGACCCGAGACUUUGAAGAUUGACAUCUCAAAGUAUAGGGGGGUCGAAGAAGACUCCCUCUUGAGAUGGUUCGUCGAAUUGGAUGACGCCAUAAGGGCGCGUCGAAUCGACGAAGGGAUAUGCAAGUUGCAUUCGCCCAGUCAAAUCUGGCAGGACGUGCCAAGACUUGGGCACUGGGGCUCAAGUUGCACGACCCAUAUGCGUUUGGGUCGUUGGAAGUCUUCAAGUCGCGGCUCAGACAAACGUUUGAACCGCCUAGAGCUGAGUUCAGGGCUCGAACCGAACUCUUGA